CGAGAAGCUCUGCUCGGUACAAAUCUUACGGACUACCAUCUUCGAUCUACCAUCUUCAAGUUCUCAACAAUGGCGUCGCUGAUUCGGAUGCAGAGAAUCGUGUUCAAUCAAGAAAUAAGGAAUUACAGUGAAGAACAAAUCGAAGGAGUCGCAUUGAACAACCGGUGGGAUGAUAUCAACAACUCCGAAGCAUGGCAGGAAGGCAUCUUCUAUACUCUCUGUGUCAUCUACUCAGUCGUCUCCUUCAUUGCCCUCGUGCAACUCAUCCGGAUUCAACUGAGAGUACCAGAAUUUGGUUGGACAACACAAAAGGUUUUCUACUUGAUGAAUUUUAUUAUGAAUGGAUUACGUGCUAUUCUCUUUGGACUAUACAAAAAUGUGUUUGUUCUCAGCGCAGUUUUGGUUCUUUGA